AUGAAGUAUAUAGCAGCAGAACCAAACGAGGCUGCGACGCCAAAGCCAGAGGAAUCCGCAUCGCGAACGCCCAAAGAUACCAGCGCGAACGCAUCCACGCCGACAUUGAAACCCAAAGCCCCUCCCACGCCAUCCUCGGCCGUGACGCACCUGUACAUCAACGACGAAUUCAUCCUGUCCAAGUCUAAAAUCUGGACCAAUGUCCUCGAUCCUGUAAUAGGAUACUGUCUCUCCUGUUAUAAGCACUCUUAUGUGUCCGCGCGGGCCUGGCUGAUGGUCGAGGAUGUAGGCUUCGCAACGUCUCCUUUCCCGUGUCCCCGAUAG